UCCUCACAUAACCCUUGGGCAUAGAGUGCACAGAGCGCACAGAGCAUCCGUGAAGAGCUGUGGAUGAGAAUUUACUCCUGCUGUAUUACAGCUUCUAAAGACUAGAUCAUAAGCUCAAACAUACUCUUAACACUUUGGAGAAGGUACUUGUAUAUAAAAAUAGUAAAACCAAAUUAACUUUUUUUUCACUGCACGAACUUCAAACGGAAAUGCGGUUAAUAUUUCAUUCACACGUGUUGGAACAAGCUUUGCUCCUGUUUUUUGUGAUCUUCGCCAUCAACGCUGUGACAACACAGGCUGACACAUGCAGCUCCAAGCACUUCCAGUGCGGCAAUGGGAAGUGCAUCCCCUUCAGGUGGUCAUGUGACGGCGCGGACGACUGUGGAGAUGGCACGGACGAGCUGCCUGCUGUGUGCCUGGCCAAAACAUGCAAGCCGACAGAGUUCAACUGUGGUGGCCGACUAAACCAGUGUAUCCCCAAUUUCUGGCGCUGUGACGGCAAAGCUGACUGUGAGAACGCCGCAGAUGAGGAGGGCUGUGCCCCAAAAGAGUGCACCAACAACGAGUUCCGCUGCGCCAGUGGCCAGUGCGUGUCCGCCUCCUUCGUGUGUGACGAUGACGCCGACUGUGACGACGGCAGUGACGAGGCCUCGUGCCCGGCCACCACCUGCAGCUCCAUCUCCUUCCGCUGCAACAACUCGCUCUGCGUGCCCCGUCUCUGGGUGUGCGAUGGGGACGCCGACUGCACCGACGGCUCGGAUGAGCUCCCCGGGACAUGCGGCCCGAAGCCGAGGCCCCCUGCCAGACGCUGCACCGCCCAGGAGUUCCCCUGCGGCAGUGGCGAGUGCAUCCACAAGAGCUGGAGGUGCGACGGUGGGGACGACUGCCUGGACCGCUCCGAUGAAAGCAACUGCACACGGCCGACCUGCCAGCCAGACGAGUUCCAGUGUGGUGAUGGGACCUGCAUCCAUGGCAGCAAGCAGUGCAAUCACGUCUACGACUGCAAAGACAUGAGUGAUGAGCUGGGCUGUGUUAAUGUCACCCAAUGUGAGGCCCCGACCAGGUACAAGUGCCGCAGUGGAGAGUGCAUCAGCAUGGAGAAGGUCUGCGACAAGAGACGCGACUGCCGGGACUGGUCCGACGAACCACUCCGAGAGUGCAAUACUAAUGAGUGCCUAUACAACAAUGGAGGGUGCUCACACAUUUGCAAUGACCUGAAGAUUGGGUUUGAGUGCAGGUGCCCCACAGGUUUCCGUUUGGUGGAUAACAAACGCUGUGAGGAUAUUGACGAGUGUGCCAACCCAGACAUUUGUAGCCAAACGUGCAUCAAUCAGAUCGGCAGCUACAAGUGUGAGUGCCAAGAGGGAUACCAGGUCGACCCUUCCACCAAGGCCUGCAAAUCCAUUGGUACGGUGGCCUAUUUGUUCUUCACUAACCGACAUGAGGUGAGGAAGAUGACGCUGGAUAAGAGCGAGUAUGUCCGUGUCAUUCCUGGCCUGAAGAACGCGGUGGCUCUGGAUAUGAAUGUGGCCUCCAAGGACAUUUUCUGGUCUGACAUUUCCCAGAAGAAAAUCUACAGAACCUCUAUGGACACCGCAUCAGACAGUUCCACGCAUAGCAUUGUCGUUGGUGAAGGCAUUGAUGCACCUGAAGGUCUUGCUCUGGACUGGAUCCAUGGGACCAUCUACUGGACAGACAGUCUUCGGGGAACCAUCUCCGUGGCAACUGUGGACGGAAACCGUCGCAAAACCCUGUUCAAGGAAGACCUGGGCAAGCCUCGAGCUAUUGUGGUGGACCCAAUUCGCAACUUUGUGUAUUGGACUGACUGGGGAAACUCUGCGAAGAUAGAAAAGGGAGGUUUGAAUGGAGUGGACCGUGUCACUUUGGUGGAGGAUAACAUCAUCUGGCCAAAUGGAAUCACUCUUGACUUGCUGAACCAGCGUCUGUACUGGGUUGACUCAAAGCUGCACACCCUCUCCAGCGUUGAUGUCCAGGGAGGUAGCCGCCGCACCCUCAUCAUAGACCAGCAGCGGCUCGCCCAUCCCCUCAGCGUCACUGUGUUUGAGGAGAAAAUCUUCUGGACGGAUGUCAGCCAGAAUGCCAUCCUGAGUGCCAACCGUGUCACUGGUGGGGACAUCACACCUGUGGCAGAGCACCUGACAUCACCGGAGGACGUUGUGCUGUACCACAAACUUAAGCAACCCACUGCGAUCAACUGGUGUCGAGGUAGCAACGGCGGUUGUGAGUACCUGUGCCUGGCGGCUCCCCAAGUGUCCAGAUACUCUCCUAAGUACACCUGUGCCUGUCCCGACCACCUGGUCUUAGCCAAGGACAUGAGGAAGUGCAUUCCACCUCCGUCAACACCAUCUCCUGCCGAGCCCGUUCAGCCACCUGUCCAGCCUCCAGUUCCUCCUUUCGAGCCUCCGGUUGAGCCCAAAGUUCCAGUUCCGGUGCCAGUCGCAACUCGCGCCCCACCACCACCACCACCCCCUCCAAAACCCGCCACUCAAGCCCCUCGUCAACCUCCCGUCACUACCAAGAAACCGACCCCAGCCAAGACUCCUGCCAAGCCAACACCUCCAUCCAGACCCAGUCAGCCAGAGAAACCAAAGGCCCCUGAGACCACUGCUGCUAAGGUUCUCGUCACCUCUCCACCAGAAAGCCUAGCUGGGAAGUUCAGUCCUGCGAAAGCACCAUCCAAAUCCAUGACCCUCUACAUCGCUCUGCCAAUAGCGGCUGUAUGCCUGGUGGUGUUUGGUAUUGGGGCCAUGUUCCUGUGGAGGCAGUGGAAGUUGAAGAACACCAACACCAUCCACUUUGACAACCCAGUCUACCAGAAGACCACCGAAGACCAGGUCCACAUAUGCAGAAACGACUCGGAUGGCUACCUUUACCCAGUGCGGCAGACAGUGAGCCUGGAUGACGAAAUGCCUUGAUGUUGAUGCUGGUUGGCUGUGCCUGUGGAACCGAGGAUGAUGAGGGGGGGCAACGAAGAUCAAAGUCACUAUUUAUAUGGACUGUUCUCAGAGGUUCCUUCCUUUCCAAGCAUUUUGGGGGGUACAAAAUGUGUUUUACUGCAGCCCCAGCAUGACCAAAAAACUGUGAAGAUUGCUUUAGGAUGACAGCCAUAAAUCGCCUACCCAGGGUACCAAGGGCAGGCCCUGGGGGUCAGCAGAGAAGGCCAUGAUUGAUUGGAGGGGGGCUUUCCUGAUACCCCACAGGCACGUUUCAGAGACCCUCUCCUCCCACCUCCCCACGCCAUCAGCUAUAAGAUGACCUCAUUUGUAUGUUUUAAUAUUUGUGUGUGUGUGUGUGUGUGUGUGUGUGUGUGUGUGUGUGUGUGUGUGUGUGUGUGUGUGUGUGUGUGUGUGUGUGUGUGUGUGUGUGUGCGUGUGUGUGUGUGUGAGAGAGAGAGAGAGAGAGAGAGAAAGAGAGAAAGAGAGAGAUAGAUAGAGAGAGAGAGUGUGUGUGUGUGUGUGUGUGUGCGUGGAUGUUUUCUUAAAAAUACCACAACUACAAAGAGCCAGUGGCAAACCCUGUGUGCUUGUUGCUUUGUAAAGAGAGAAUGUAGAUCACACAUUUGAAUUCAGUACACCUAGCAUGUUUUUAUAGAUUUCGUUGCACGUGCUGAGCACUACCUCUGCCAAACUAACUUGUCUGAAACAACCUCAAGGCAGUGAUAGGUGUAGAAAGUAUAAUGCAAACCACAUGACACCCAUAACUGCAGACACUAUUUUGAAUGUUUCUAGAAUGGCUCGUUAAAUCCAGCUGCUCAGCUUCACUUACCGUACCAAUAGGCUUUACUGGAUUUUUCAGUGCCUAAAUACUAGAAGAAAGUGCCUAAAAGCUAUUCUUGACUGUGCCUUGAUAUUGAUGCCGUUUCCGUUGGCUGAGGGGCAUUCCAACUUUUAUGUUUGUGUUGUAUUUAUACUAAAAUGUCUCACAUUGUCUAUGGAGAGCUAGUGGAUUUAGUUCAAAUGCAGGUCAAUGCAGUGUUUUAAGUGGUGCUAUUUUUUUUUCUUCCUUUGUGUGUGUGCAAUUUUACUCACUUAAUGGUCCAGAGAAUUAAGUUUUCCAUCCACACUUUCCUUACUUUAUAUAUAAAGUCCAGCGGGAAGACCCCUCUUUCCAUUGUUUUUUGGUCUGGGGUAUUAGAAAUUUGGUUUCAUUCGUAAGGUUUUUUGUUUUUCUUUUUUGUCCACUUUUAGGCAGAGCUAAAAGCUUCCUUGAAGUAUAAAAUAAUGAUAUCUGUCACGAUGCUAUAGGGACACAACACUAAACCUGCCUUCCAAACAUUGUGUUAGUAACAUAACACAGAACAUCUACAGUACUUUGUUAUUUUCAUCUUGGAGCUGAGCCUCCAUAAACCAGUUCAAUGUCUUGUCAGAGCGAAUGGGAAAGAAGCCCAUGUGGCUGUCUGUCCGUCCAGCACAGCACACCUCUGUGUUCACGCCCGAUAUGUGUAGAAGAAGCGUUAAACGCAUUGCAUCGUGGCAUUGUGAGAAAGAGGACAAUAAUGUCCAUAGUUUGUAAAUGCUUUACCCUUGAUUGUUUUAAAGGUGUUUCGGUGAGUGAUUUUAUAUGUAUAUAUCUUUUAUGGGGAAAAGGGAGUGCUAACAAAAUCUAUUUUCCUUUUUUUUUUACCAUGUGUUAGGUACCAGGGCAGCAAUAUGGUCCACCUUUGAAAUAGCAUAUAUUUUGAUGUCUAUGUGUAAAUACUGUGUUUCCUGUAAAUACUUAUAAAUGUGUGUGCUUUAUCUUUGCCCAUGCUUUGUACAUUGUAAACAAACUGAAAUGCAUUCUGUCUAGGCUAUUUAACAUCACGUCACGUCUUCAUUGAAGUCAAAAACAAUUUUGUCAUGAAAAUGUUCAUUGAUUGCUCACUGAUAUUAUUGCACAUGUGAAUCACUUUUAUGAUUUAAUGAUUUCCAUUAAUAUAAAAGUACUUAAAAACAACACAUAUAGCACUUCAUUCUAAAUUGUUUGUACAGUCAAAUAACCUUAGCAAAUUUGUGUCCAAUUAAAGAAGGUGAAUUUGAAUGAUGAAGGCAUUUUUGCAGGCUCAUCUAAAUCAUUUCAGGUUUUGUAUUUAUUUCACACAUUGUUCAGACUAGCGUUGUAAAUAUUAAAAUAAAAUCUGAUAUGAUUGUGAAAUCAAAGACCAUGUGUUUGAUGUAAAACAAUAAAAAAAUAUUGUUUAAAA